AUGGCCGACUCUGGGGUAGAUACCAGUAAUGAGAGCAGCGAUAAUCCAAUAUUUGACCACUCCCAAUGCAUUUUAGAAUUCAGCCCACCAGCUAUACCCAUAAAUCAAGCUGGCCAGCCGAUGCCAAUAGACUUUUUGACAGAACCACACGAACAUGUGGGAAAAAUAAAGUGUUCUACUAAAGCCAGACAAUACAGACUGAAAUACAGGUACAGUGGUGCAAAAUGUUCGUCCAAAAAUCAUAAAUUACGUUUCGCCGCUUCUACUAAUAAUACAGAACUUGUGGAGAAACUUCUGUUAUCAGGAGCUGACCCAAAUUCUUCAGAUGAACACAAAAGAAGUCCAUUGCAUUUAGCUGCCUGUCGUGGUUAUGUCGACGUCAUUAAAAUCUUGUUAAGACAUGGUGCUAACCCCAACAUUAAAGAUACAUUGGGCAAUACACCCCUUCACCUUGCAGCUUGCACCAAUCACAUUCCUGUUGUGAUCGAACUUCUUGACGCUGGCACAGAUGUCAGUUUGCACGACAAGAAUGGACACAAUCCUAUACAAUUAGCCCAGAGCAAACUGAAAUUAAUACAAAUGCGUCCAAGUGGGGCUGGAAACUUUGAGGAGACGAAACACCUGAUUGGAGAAAUAUGUUUAGUUGUUGAAAUGAUGCUGAAGUAUAUGAAGAUGCAGAAAGCUGAUGCUAGUGAUUUGGAAUCUGUCUGUCAAAGGCUAGAGCGUGUCAGUACCCGUGAACAAGUAGAUUCUGAAGUACAAAACCUUUUGGACAGUUUAGAUUCUCUCAAAUUGAGAUAA